UAGUGGGAGGAGAAAUAUCGAGAAAAAAAAAGGAGAGAAAAUGAGCAGAAAUGCGGGUGGCGGCGACAACGCCAACGAUUGCAGGGCCGAGCUUCUGUCGGAGAACGGUCGCACGUCUUGGCGUCUCAGCCUCGACAGCUUUCGCCUUCCCCAAAAAGGAAGCAUCGACGGUAAUGACAAUGGCGGAACUCGCUUCCCCUGUGCUCCGAGAUUUUCAGGUGUAAAAGCAGCAGAGGACUUCAACUGUGUUGGAUUGCGAAGCUGCCCAAACAUUUGGCGCCGUCUGUGGGAACCCGAACAAGAAGUCGUGUGGCUUUACUGGCUGAAAGAUAAUAUGGUUCGUACCUUUACAGGAGGUCGCCCUCCAAGAAAUGAAAUGGACGAACAGGAGGACACUCACGUAUCUGAACCCGGCUUGAAUGACUUUAGGCCAAUGCCAAGAAAUCUUUUUGUAGGGGGAGUCGAACAGGAUCACUUAAGUGAAACAGAUGAUGAAAGAACACCAACUGGGUCAAUAGAGCCUGCUCGAACAACCGAGCUUGAAGAGAGAACCAAAGUUCUCGAGAUGGCAAUGGGUAAAAUCCUUGCCCGUCUAAUUCCUGAUGACCCCCUAAUUCCUUUGCUGAACAGGGAUGCACAACCAGCUGCGCUGCGAGACGUACAAAAGUCCAUUGACGAGCUGAAAAGUCCCAGGUCGCACCAACAGACCCUGGAUUUGGAUAGUGCUCCACUGAAUCUGUCCGUCACAGCAGAACCCUAUCAAGAGGGAUUCAAAAUUCCCCACCUGGAGACAUAUGAUGGCUCGGGUGACCCCGAUGAACAUCUGCACACUUAUCAAUCCAUCAUGAGAAUUCAAAAUGCAAAUGAUGCCAUGAUGUGCAAAGUGUUCCCAGCGACACUGAAAUCAACAGCCAGGAGAUGGUAUCACAAGCUCCCCAGACAUUCUAUAGACUCGUACUCCCAGCUCGCCAAGCUAUUCUCCAACAAAUUCGCGAGCCAGAGAGAGAUCAAACGCAUAGCAACCGAGCUGAUGCAAGUUAAUCAAAGGGAAGGGGAAUCUCUGAGGGACUACAUGCAGCGAUUCAACAAAGCCACUUUGGACAUUGAUAACAUCCCAGAUACCAUCUGCCUGUCCGCCUUGCUACAUGGUUUGAAGCGUGGCCGGUUCCUGGACGACCUCCUAGAAAACCCACCGAGGACUUGGAACGAAGUGAAUGACAGGUCGGCUAGCUUCAUAUUAUCGGAAGACUUCCAGUUGUCCAAGCGACGAGCUGACGAUAAGCAGAGCAAAAGUCAUGAUCAGUCGACGAGGAGAGAAGAAAAGAAGAAACAGAAAGUCAGCGAGCAGUGGGGGAAGCUCGCUGACUUCCCCAAGUAUGCCAACUACAUUCCUUUAACCUUACCCAGGUCUCAAAUCCUCGCGCAAAUACAACACUGGGUUAGAAGACCCCCACCCCCACUGUAUGAGUCCCCAAGGGCGGACAAGAACAAGCAUUGUGACUAUCAUCGUACUUACGAUCACAACACAGAAGACUGCCAACACUUAAAAGACGAGCUGGAAUUCCUGGCUUGCAAUGGGAAACUAGAAGGAUAUGUUCAGAAGCCCCACGCCCAGCAACCCACUCAAACUCAUUUUGUACAGGGGUACGACCGGCCUCAGGGGCAGAGGUACCAGCUCGGCGGGGCACAGGAUGUAUAUCAGGACAAUCAAUAUCCUUUGGAGCAGGGCAGGGCGUACAGAGGGCGUCCGUUCAACAGGAGAGGACAGGGGCAGAGAGCUGCUACCCAGAACCAAAAAGACAAGAAAGGGGUAGGCUAUGCUGGGAUACCCUCGCCCUCGGGUACAAUAAACAUGAUAUCAGGUGGUGUUCACUCUGAGGGCCAAAGCGCCCGAGCCCGCAAGGCAUAUGCCCGACAAGUGAUGACUGUCAACAAAAACAGACCCUUGAAGCGGCCGUUUGAGGAAGUAGAAUGGGAGAAUAUGCCUAUCACAUUCAGUCCGGCGGAUUACAAGCGGGCAGAAGGAGAGCUUGACAUUAUGAUGCCCCAUGCAGAUCCCUUUGUGGCAACGGUUCAUACAGGCAAUCAUAAUGUCAAUAAGAAGCACGAAGGACCAAUAUACGGGUUUGAUAACCAGCUCGUCCCGGUCGAGGGAGUUAUCACUCUUCCUAUAUAUGUGGGCUCAGAACCACGCUUCAGGAUGGCUUCUGUCACCUUCCUGGUCGUUAAGAUGGAAUCAGCUUUCAAUGCUAUAUUAGGAAGAGCCACCCUGUGCGAGCUGAAGGCUGUCAUCUCACAACCCCAUCUUUCCAUGAAAUUUCCAACUCCUCAAGGGGUAGGAGUGCUUAAAGGAAAUCAAAAGAUGGCCAGAGCCUGCUAUCAAGAUACUUUCAAAAAAGUUGAGCUCGUUGCUGCCCCUUCAGGCUCCGAAAAUCGCAGACCAACCCAGCUCGGUCAGCAAACGAUGAGCAUAUCAGAUAUCGAGCACCGACUUGAUGGUGUCGAGCAGAAAGCAGAGCCAGUAGAGCCAGUAGAAACGGUUCCUCUAAACCCAGAUGUGCCAGAAAUGACGGUUAAGAUCGGCACUAAGCUCACAGAAGAGGAACGUGCAAAGCUUCUGGAGUUUUUGAGGAGUAAUCAAGAUGUAUUUGCAUGGACUAUGGAUGAAAUGCCUGGCAUCCCAGCGGAGUUGACAGUCCACAAGCUCAGCAUGGACCCCACUAAACGACCAGUAGUUCAAAAGCGUCGACUUUUUGGCCCUGAGAAGCAAGUUGCCAUAGACGAGGAGAUACAAAAGUUGCUACAGGCAGGCUUCAUCAGAAGAGUGGAAUACUUUGAAUGGGUAUCCAACCCUGUGCUCAUCAAAAAGCCAAAUGGCAAGUGGAGGAUGUGUAUUGACUUCACCAACCUCAAUGAUGCGUGUCCAAAAGAUCUUCAUCCCUUGCCAAAUGUUGAAAAGUUAGUAGAACGGGCGGCCGGACACGAACGGAUGAGCUUUCUUGAUGUCAGUUCGGGUUAUCACCAAGUCCAGCUGUUGUUAGACGACCAGGAGAAAAUAGCUUUUUACGCUGGGGACGCAAUUUACUGCUAUGUGAUGAUGCCGUUUGGCUUAAAGAACGCUGGUGCAACAUAUCAGAAACUGGUGCAGAUCAUUUUUAAGCUACAGAUCGGCAGAAACAUAGAAGUAUAUGUGGAUGACAUGAUAGUCACCAGUGUACGAGCUGAAAAUCACAUAGGCGACCUGAGUGAGACCUUUCAAAACUUACGCCGAGCCCAAAUGAAGCUAAAUCCCCUGAAAUGCACAUUUGUUGUAGAAUUGGGGAAAUUCCUAGGGUACGUGGUAUCCAAGAAAGGAAUUGAAGUAAAUCCAGAGAAAGUUCAGGCCGUCCAACAGAUGGAGCCGCCAAAGACUGUAAAAGAGGUGCAGUGUUUGACGGGCCGUGUAACUGCACUCCAUAGAUUCAUAGCCAGGUCAGCAGAAAGAUGCCUCCCGUUCUUCAAAGCCCUGAGAGAGCCCAAAAACUUUCAAUGGACGGGUGAAUGUCAGCAAGCGUUUGACGAGCUCAAACAAUAUUUGGCAUCCGUGCCCCUGUUGUCCAAGCCUGUCCAUGGAGAAUGCUUAUACCUCUAUCUGGGGGUCACAAAAGAAGCGAUGAGUUCAGUACUACUGAGGGAAGAGAAUAAGAAUCAGAAGCCUAUCUGCUAUGUGAGCAAAGUUUUACAAGGCGCUGAACAAAAUUAUCCAUUAGCAGAGAAGGCUGCUUUUGCCCUGGUGUAUACAGCUCGUAAGUUGAGAGCCUACUUCCAAUCACAUCAGAUUGUUGUCUAUAUCGAUCUGCCGUUGAGAAAGAUACUACAAAAACCAGAACUCUCUGGCCAUUGCGACUUUCUGGUGGAAUGCAUCUCGGCGACGGAGGAAGCAAAGGCACCUGAAUGCCCAGUCUGGGUUUUGUACGUAGAUGGAGCUGCUAGUGUUGAAGGAUCGGGGACCGGGGCUGUGCUAGUGGGCCCAGAUGGCUUUAAGUCCGAGCAUGCACUGAGGUUCAAGUUUCAGACAACUAACAACGCUGCAGAGUAUGAAGCCCUUGUUUAUGGUCUGAAGCUAGCAGCCGAGCUGAAGGUACAGAACAUCCAAGUCUUCAGCGACUCUCAGCUCGUCGUAGGCCAGGUGAAAGGCAGCUAUGAAACCAGGGAUCCACAGCUUGGUCGUUAUGCCUCUGUGGUAAACAAAUUAAAGUCAAGAUUUGCUUCUUUUCAGAUCGACAAAAUACCCAGAGCAGAUAACCAGCGAGCUGACAAGUUGUCAAAGUUAGCCUCCUCGCAAGAGACCAACCCUCAUCGGUCAACAACAGUGGAGGUACUCGAUGCUCCGAGCUAUACCGAUUUCACAAUCGAGUGUCAGCUGCUUAGCACGGAUCCCUCUUCGCCGAGCUGGACUACCCCACUCAUUAGUUAUCUGCAAAGUGGCGAAUUACCCGAAGAUCUGUCCACUGCGAAAUUGAUUAAACGUAGGGCGGCACAUUUCACUUUGUUAGAUAACAAGCUCUACAAACGAGCAGUCUCAAUGCCCCUACUACGUUGCCUUACUCCUUACGAAGCUGAAUACGCUGUAAGGGAAGUUCACGAAGGAGUAUGUGGCACGCACAUCGGUGGCAAAACGUUAGCUCGGAAACUACUGAGGCAUGGUUAUUACUGGCCCACUAUGGUCGAGGACAUGCAGAACUAUAUCAAAAAAUGUCCGACCUGCCAAUUCAAUGCUGAUGAUAUACACAUGCCAAGGGAAAUGCUAUCAUCUCUCACGUCUCCCUGGCCCUUUGCUCAAUGGGGUGUUGACCUGCUUGGCCCUUUCAUCAAAGGUAAAGGAGGCUGCACUUUCCUAGUCGUUGCAGUGGAUUACUUCACUAAGUGGAUAGAAGCUAAACCAUUGUCCACGACAACAGAAAGGAAAAUAGAAGAUUUCUUGUUCAAUUCAAUAUUGUGCAAGUUCGGCAUACCUAAACGGAUUAUCGCCGACAAUGGGCCACAGUUCCGAGCAGCAGCACUAAGAUCGUUUUGUAACGGCUAUGGCAUCGAGCUCGCCUUGACAUCCGUGUAUACUCUACAGUCUAACGGACAAGCUGAGUCGGCCAACAAAAUCGUCUUGCGAGGACUCAAGGCACGUGUUUUAGCUGCACAUUCAAAUUGGGUUGACGAGCUCAAUAAAGUGCUCUGGUCUUGUCGUACUACACCCAGCUCGGCCACUGGUGAAACCCCUUUCAGCCUGGCCUAUGGAGCUGAGGCUGUCAUCCCAGUUGAGGUUGGAUUGCCAUUUGAUCGAGCGGGCUGGCGUGACGACCUCAACAAUGAGCAACUGUUGAGAGAAAACCUAGACUUCAUGGAAGAGGUCAGGGAGAUGUCUAGAAUAAGAAACAUGGCGCAUCAAAGUCGUGUUGCAAAAUUUUACAAUAAAAGAGUUCGAGCUCGCCAGUUUCAAGUCGGCGAUCUGGUCCUACGUAAAGCUGGGUUAACUAACACUCAUUUACACAUGGGCAAGCUCGCUCCUAAUUGGGAAGGCCCCUACAUGGUUGUUCAAGUUAAACGACCUGGCUUUUAUGUGCUAGCAGAUAUACAGGGACGUCAAUUGUCUUACAUUUGGAACAUACAGAAUCUUAGAAAAUUUUACAGUUAACUUGUAUACUAUUCUUUUAUUCAAGUUGUUAUUCGACAGUUGUAAACAAU